AUGUCAGAAACUAAGCACAAGACCAAGUUCAGCCCCUCCCCCGACCUCUGCUUAAGCUGCACCCGUCUUCUCCUCUCCGAACUGAAAGACCCUGUACUCCUACACAACUCAAUCUUCUCGAUCCACCGCUCGUCUAGCACGUGCUCCUUAUGCUGCUUGAUAUGGCGCGGCCUAACGGGAUACUCGACUGUGAAGAAUGGUCCGCGAUCCACAUGCAACCUUUCAAAUCUCCUCACUACCGAGCCCGGUCAGUCAUUAGAAAUAUGGGGUCGUCGGAGCAUGGUCGACUACACCAGCUUCGCGACGAGCCUGGCGCACAUCCACCUGGGCGCCGAGGACUGGCCUAUAUCCUUUCUCGAGGUGAUGAUGUUGAAGACCAGCCUGUUCGGGCCUUCGGUGACGGGACUCGCCUUUCCGAGGGCUCCGUCCUCCGGGAAGCUGGAAAAUGCAGUGUGGGGACUCAACUGCGAUCUUGGUGUUGUUCGUGAAGCAGGAGGUUGCCCUUACAUUUGGGAGUAUAGACACGAGCUGCGCCGAACCAGCAGGAAUGAUUACUUCAAACAGUUCGGGGACAAAGAGAACCCUUUCUCGUGGCAAAAUACACCAGUAGAGCUGUUCAGCAGCACCAGACCCAGAGAUGUGUGGUGGGGAGAAGGUAUCGUGGGGCCGUACCAUCGUACGGUACUCGAGGUCUCCGCGGUCGACCACCGUCCAGGACAGGAUAAACUUAAACAAGAGGAUGCUCCCACUGUGUGUGGCUCUCCUGCCAGGCUUGAGCUCGCCCAACACUGGUUGAAAGAGUGCCUGACAUGGCACUGGGAGUGCCUAUACUGGCGCGAAAGCUUCUCCAUGCCGUCCCGCGUCAUCGAUGUCGGCCCAAAAGACGGAUCGCGGGAACCAUUUUUGUACAUGCCGCCCCCUUCACACCAAGACUACUACCUCUGCCUCAGCCACCGCUGGGGUGGCGCAAAGGUGCUGCAGACCGUCAUGGGCGACCCGCCGGGCACUCCAAACGGCAAGACAGGGACCUUCUCAGAGUUCCAGUCCGCCAUUCCCAUGGCCUCUAUGCCUAAGACGUUCCGAGAUGCGGUGCAGGUCACCCGGGCGCUCGGGUUCCGUUACAUCUGGAUCGACUCGCUUUGCAUCGUGCAGGACCGACCGUCAGACUGGGAGGCCGAAGCCAAGAAGAUGGGCAGCUAUUACCGCAACGCGCACCUGACACUGUUCGCAGGUUCGGCAGUGUCAGCAGAUAGCGGGCUGUUCUUCCCCAUUGCAAGCCCCGCGAGGCCGUCUCACAUUGGCUCCGUGAGUGUGGAGUUGCCAAACUGCCGCCACCACGGCGCUGAGCCACACACGUUUCCGCUAUUCGCGCGCGAGCCGCGGAUGAUGCGCAACCAGUACGGCGAUGGGCCAAAACCCAAAUGCGCUUUGGACGAGCGCGCCUGGGUGCUGCAGGAGGAGUUGCUGUCGGCGCGUGCACUUAUCUUUACUGAUGAGGGUUUGUCCUGGGAGUGUACGAGCCUGUCAGCGAGUGAGUGGCACCCUCACGGCUCGCAGUACCUGUACACGAGGGCGCUGUCCGCUAUGGAUCCUGACUCCUACGGUGGCGAGGUCUUUAGAACUCCGCAGCGGUCAUGUGCGCAGCAGUUCAAGGCGGGACUGGUGAUGGAUCGCGAGUACUUGGACUCAACGCCGGAUCCGCUCGUCCGCGCUCUUAGAUCGAGGUUGCCUGUCGCACUGGGCGAGUUGGUCAGCGAGCUUGCCGCUCUGAAGCACGCGAGAGUUCGGAUGCCGCCUCCCAGUAGCACUUCGAAAUCCAAAGAGAUGCAAAUGGUCAGGCACCAUACGACACAGCUAGCGAAACCCGAGCAGGAUCUUCAAAGCGACGAAGAGCAUCAUAAGCACACAGAUUCCACAUCACGGCCAUCGAGCCCGCAUCCAGCACAAGCAAGCGCUUUCCGAAAGGACAACAUUGUUGCCCUUCCCUUUUUCUGGCACCGGCUCGUCGCGAAUUACUCGGCACGCCAUCUGACGCGAGAAUCCGAUCGUCUGAUCGCCAUCCAGGGUCUUGUGUCUAUGCUCAGCGCGGUGCGAAAUGACCGGUACUACGCUGGCCUGUGGGGUCGCACGCUGCAGGAGGACAUGCUGUGGGUGGCUGCGGAUACCAAAAUUGACGUCGAUCAAAUGUGCGACUGCAUGCCGCAGAAGAUACAGCAGACGCAGGGUCUGAAGCCCCGACGGCGGUCAGGUAACUCGGAGACGAGACAAGUGAUUGCGCCGUCAUGGUCGUGGAUUAGCGCUGACCAGGGCGUCAUGUUUUUGAUGCUCAUGGACCAUUUCGAAGUGCAUGAGGAAUUCUUCCGGCCGCUACGAAUAGUCAUGGAUGACGAUACUGCUGUUUUCAAUGUCCGGGGGCGGCUGACGCUCGAGGGCGUGCUGAGACCGGUUGGGCUAGCGGUUGCAUUCGAUGAAUUUCACUCUUGGAGAGAGAUCGAGGGAUCGAUAUACGACCCGUCAGACCCGUCCAAGAAAAAAAUCGGCUUCUGGCAACCCGACCGCAGGACCAGUAUGACCGGCGCCAUGGUCUGUGUUCCUCUGGUGUUGAUGGGCCGGAUGAAGCUGGUCAUAAACUGCCUGGUGUUGGAGCCAACGGAGAACUGCCGUCUCCGGAACAAGGCUUCGAAGCUGCUCGAGUUCCGCCGCAUAGGCAUGGCCACGAUUAGGGCCGAGCACCGAGCAUUCCUCGGGCUCGGCAAAUCCCAGAAGAUAGGAGACAGCCGUCCAUGGGAUGAUCGAGUUAAGGAGUGGACUAGAAAGCCUGUGGUUAUUGACAUUGUCUGA